AAUCACUGGUAAUAAUGAAAAAAUCACCCAAAAUGGCGUGAUAAGCAAGAAAAUGUAUUUCAUUUGAUCCUGCAGAGAAAUCGAUCUUUUUUCAUUCACGAAGAAAGCUUAUUCAAAUGGACACCUACUAAGAAUGGAUCAACGGUUUCGCAUGCUACACAGUGACACGAAAAAGUCGCUUUUCCCCUUUUUUUCUCGGAAAAUGGAAAACGACGGACCGUCCAAGAUUCAGAUAUCUGCAAGGAGGGAGAAGUGGAUCAAAUAUAAAAGAUUUAAUUAUUCCGAUUAUUUUAAUCGGUAAUCAGCACACGAGCGAUAAAGAAGACUUAAAAUCUGAUAGUUGUUAAUUAUACCUAGGUACGCGUACAUCUUCGAGUAACGGUGUUAAAAUCAGUGAAUGGGUGCAUUUAAUUUAGCAAAAAGAACGACCCAGGCUGUUAUUUAGUAUAGUUGUUUUUCCGCAGCCAUUUGAUAUUGUGGAGAUCUCUGGGCAAGAUCCAGAUUGUGAUUUAGAUUAUUGUGUUUAGUGUUGUGAAUAAGUUUUACUUUUGAAAAACUCAAUAAAGAAAAAUGUGUGACGACGACAUUGCAGCUUUGGUCGUUGACAAUGGUUCCGGAAUGUGCAAAGCUGGUUUUGCGGGGGAUGAUGCUCCUAGGGCUGUUUUCCCGAGUGUCGUUGGACGUCCUAGAUAUCAGGGUGUCAUGGUAGGAAUGGGCCAAAAAGAUUCUUACGUGGGCGAUGAGGCCCAGACAAAAAGAGGAGUUCUGACCGUCAAAUAUCCGAUCGAGCACGGUAUCGUGAACAACUGGGACGAAAUGGAAAAAAUCUGGCACCACACCUUCUACAACGAACUGAGGAUAUCACCAGAGGAACAUCCCAUCCUUCUCACUGAGGCUCCAUUGAACCCGAAAAUCAACCGUGAAAAAAUGACUCAAAUCAUGUUCGAAACAUUCGGAUGUCCGGCGAUGUAUGUUGCUAUACAGGCUGUUCUCUCGCUCUAUGCUAGCGGUAGGACCACUGGAAUAGUGAUGGAUUCUGGUGACGGUGUGUCCCAUACUGUGCCAAUUUAUGAAGGGUAUGCUGUGCCCCACGCCAUACUCAGGAUGGACCUUGCUGGAAGAGAUCUCACCGACUAUCUGAUGAAGAUCCUCACAGAACGCGGAUACAGCUUCACCACUACCGCAGAAAGAGAGAUAAUCCGGGACCUGAAAGAGAAAAUAUGCUUCGUUGCCCUGGACUUCGAGCGAGACCUUGACAGGGCAUCGAACACAACUUGCUUCGAAAAGGCCUACGAGCUGCCGGAUGGCCAAAUUAUCACCCUCGGUAGCGAACGGUUCCGAUGUCCAGAAGCGAUGUUCCAACCUUCUUUCCUCGGAAUGGAAACUCCGGGUAUCCACGAGACGACCUACAACUCAAUAAUGCGAGGAGACAUGGACAUCAGGAAGGAUCUGUACGCCAACAUUGUACUAUCUGGAGGAAGUACGAUGUUUCCAGGGAUAGCCGAUCGUAUCCAGAAGGAAAUCGCGGCCCUGGCUCCGGCGUCCAUGAAGAUCAAGAUCAUAGCUCCGCCUGAAAGGAAGUAUUCGGUGUGGAUAGGAGGUAGCAUUCUGGCUAGCUUGACCACCUUCCAGCAAAUGUGGAUAUCAAAGCAGGAAUAUGAGGAGUCUGGACCAGUGAUCGUACAUAGAAAAUGCUUCUAAACCUUUUCGUUUGCUCAGAUUUAUCUCGAAUAUUUAUUAAAGUAUGUGGAUAUUUUUUUGUAUUGGUUUUUAAAUUAUGAAUAUAUUUUACUUAUUUUUCGUUAAAUUUUUUGUUAAUUAUGCAAAUCUUCGUGUGAAAUA